AUGGCUGUCGCAGCCGCCUCAGCGCUCGAGCGGCUGCAUCCGGAGCUCCUUGACCUCGUCGUCGACGAGCUCGUCUUCGUGUCCGACAUCAGCGCCCUGCGCCUGACCUGCCGCACACUGGCCGCCCGCGUCGCUCAGAGUCCGGGCCUGCGGCCAUAUGUGGCCCGCAAGACUGUCGAGCUGACGGUGCGGGAUCUCGAGACACUGGUGGCCACGACGGAGCCAGAUUGUCCAGUCGGCCACCAACUGCAGCACCUGACGCUCAAGGGCAUCGCCCGCAACAAGACGGCCGUGUACAUGAGCAAAUACGGCGACCUGCCGCCACCGAGCCAUCCGGAUGAGGACCCAGAGCAGGACCAGGACACACUGCUGCGAAAUGUGCCCGAAGAGGACUCGGACGACCACAAGCGACUGUUGACGGCUGCCCUGUCGAACAUCCGCAAAUAUGGACGGCUUGGUGGCCUGGCCUCUUUGACGCUGACAAUCGGGCCCAGCACGAAGCCGCGGGCCAUUUAUAUUGUGCCGCGGCACAAGCGAGGAGCAGGAACGUUUCCAGAGGAAGUCGACGCCGGAAUAGGAGGUGGAGGUGGUCGUGGCAGCGACAGCGGCCCCGGCGGUGAUGGCGAUGGAGACAACGACGGCGACGGCGACUAUGUGGCUCCGUACGAGCUGCCGUACCGCCCGUCAUGGCGUUCUGUCUGGGACGCCGCCGAGCGCACGUUCGGCGUGGCCAUGCAUGCUCUGACGACGGCACAACUUCCCGUGGCCGACGAGCUUGAUAUCUUCCACAGCACUGUCGGUGUUGCGCUACCGUUUGAUGCGUUUCUGUCACUCACACGCGACCCAGCCGCCGUCCCCAUGCCUAUCUUUUCAUUUCUCAAACGCCUCAAAGUUCACCUGUCUCUGCGGCACCGCUCCGCCGCCGAAGAGCGCAAUGUGAAUGCCGCCGAAGUUGCCCGAGAGGAGCGCGAGGUCGCCACUGACGAGUUCAACGAGAACCUCAUUAUCUCGCAACUGCAGGCCCAAUUUGAAGCGGCGCACCGUGCACAGCUGCACGCCGAAUGGGCUGCUGCUCGCCGCGUGCUUGAGACCAUCACGGCGCCUUCCGAACUGGCGCGCGUCAUGCCAGCACUCGAAGCUGUGAGCGUGGACUGGUACCACAUAGGACGCAACAUGAUCAUACCUACAGAGAAAGAGCUGGCAUCUUCGUCAUCACCACCACCACUGCAAAAAUCCACAUCAUCGGCUCCCGACGGCCCAAACGGGCCAGGUGACGGAGAUGGCCCAGACGGCAAGAACACACGGCCAUUGCCUCGGCUGCAUGCACUCAGCUUGCAUGGCAUCCGCCUCGACGGUGCAGAGUUUUUAAAGUUUAUCGACACUGCGCGGCCUGAAUACCUCUCCUUGUGCUACCCGCAAUUCAUACCAAGCUCUUUUGAGCCGGUGCUGCGCUACCUGACUGACCCUGACCUGCGCGACUCCGCCAAGUCCCAAGCAAUAAAGGGCCUGGAUGCGCGAUUGGUCAACCUUCGUCCGUCGCCCGUACGCCGCUUCAAGCUCGACGACAUUAUGGACGGCUACGCCCUCGUGCACUACAAUGUGCCGGGACGGCCCAAGUUCGGCUAUCUGCACAUGCCGGACCUGGGACCCUGCACUCUGGUGCGACCCGCAGUCUUACAGCCGCCGCCAGCACGGCCACUGGCCGUGGCAGCGGCUACAGGCCCGACCACAGACGACCCACCUGGCGGUGUCCGAAUGGUGCGCCCCCACACACGGCCCUUGGGCUCCGGCAGCCGCUGGCGCUGGGCGCGCCAGAAUGGCAACGUCUACGGCCCACCACGUGCCCGCUACGACCUUCAGCAGCUUAACUCGGGCAUGGUGCCUAAGCCACACUCCUUGACGCGGAUGUUCGGGGACAUCCGGGCAGCUGCCGGGAUGACGGACCGGCUGGAACGGAGGGAGGCAGCAGUGGAUAUGCAAGCUGCGGGAGUGGUACAGGUGACGGAAGCAAUUGCGGACCAGCUGGCACAGGGGCAAGCACAGGCGGAGCAGUCAUCAUAA